GAGGCCCUGGCGCGCCAAGCCGCCGCCCGCAGCGCGCUGCGGGCGGUGGUGGGGGACCACGCGGCGCCUGCCAAGGCUGCCGGCGAUGGCGCAGCACUCGACCGCGCCUGGAGGCUCGCCGCUCAGGACGAACCAGAGCCGGAGGCCUGCGCCGAUGGCGGCGGCGCGCCGCUGGCGCCCAGGCUGCCCGAGCGCGAAG